AUGAAGACAUACAAUAGCCUAGUUGCGGCAGUUGCCUUUCUUCCUUUGGUCUACGGCGAUAGAGUGACCCUCAACUUUGAUGAUCUCGAUAUCUCAAACGAUGAUAACUGUGGAAGCAUUGACUUCUCCAAAUCCGAACACCGAUAUGCGGGCGCGGUAAUCAUGGGUGCAACCGUAGUCAACUCUGUCGGAACUGGGGCUUGCAAGACCCCAAUUGCCAAUGUUGAUUUAUCUCACAAACUGGAAAAUAAUGUCCUGUGGGGAGACAAUGGUAUCUUAUUCGAUUAUCUCACCUUUGAUGCCGGGUACUACAUCUCUGGUAACUUGGCGUUCGACCUUGCAGUUGACUACUCGCACCUGGCUGAUGGAGAGCUCGACGACGACAAGACAGAGAUCAGCGUGCAGCUGCUGCUUAUGAACCAAGGCGAUGUCGUGCAGAAUCAGGAAAUCGAAAAAUUUCCGACAAAGGAUGGUACCGGUCCAUUUUCAAUCAAAUGGAACCCGGAUGAGGGAAGAUAUACCGCUUUCUCCAUCGCCGUGAACCUCAUUUCCACCUCGCUCGCUUUCGAUUCCCCGAAGGUAGCUUUGGACAACAUUGCCUGGGAUCACUUCAGGGUGGACGGAGAUGGUAAUAUAGAUACCGGGGAUGAUAAAACAACUACUAGUGCUCUAGAUUCGACUACCAUGGGCAAUUCGACAACUAGGCCACCCUCCAGCCACACAGAGACUUCGGCUCCUGCCACAACUUCGGCUCCCUCGAGAUCAAACACCACCAGCAGCACAUUCGUCUUCCCCAGUCCAACUCGGACAACCGAGGUACAGAGCUCGACUUCUACAGGUCUUGCUCAGACUUCUGCCCCUACUUUAUUCGGCUUUGUUGCUGUGUUAGCUGCGGGUGCAGCUUUUCUCUAA